AUGAAGGUUCGAGGCCAUCGGUCUCGAGCCCGUCACAACAACAACAGGCGCCACAAGCCCACAACACGAGCGAUGGGUCGGAAAAAUUCCUCGACGAGUCGCAAGGGGGGUUUGGCGCGAGUCGAUUGGCCCCAGGGCGAUCAAGAAUGCCCCGAGUGCAUUAUUCACGUUGAGAAUUGUCUACACGGCGCCUGCCGGGAGAGAAAUCACGGCGCCACGAAUCUCUCCGCCAGCGCAUCCGGUGGCACCGGCACUGUGUUGGCGGUCAUGAUCUGGGUCGGAGUGGAUGAGAGCCCGACCUUUUUCUCGCCUCUCGAGGGUGUUCUUAGGGUCCUUGGGGUGAGAAUCUUGCAGGCUUAUCCCGGUCGAGCCCCGUAUUAG